AUGAUCUCACGCGGGAGUACGGGCGUGCACAUUCUGUUCCAAACAGAUCAGUGGGUCACGCCGGCUAUUCACUACAAGAAUGCUAGCGCCAGCUGGACCACUUUGACCAGUGCCGCUAUGUUCGCUAGCAAUAGAUCUGCUUAUUCAUCUGAUGACGGCUGGUUUCAGUACGACGUUCCAUUCGUCACUUCACUCGAAUUUGUCUUUACCGACGGUAGUGGCGUUGCCUUGGAUAAUAAUAACAAUUCAAGCUACAAAGUCUUGGCUCCUGGUAUCUACUCUAUAGUAACGAAAGUCUCUGGUUUCAAGUCGGGAGAUCUUGUCGGCCCGAGCGAUGGCACAAGCUACAAUAUCCUCUACCAGCCAAUAACAUGGACCACGCCGUACAUCACUUUUAACACAGGGAAGGAUUGGACUAUUGUCCCCGGAUUCGCCAUGUCGCCUAGCACGUACAGCGGCAAGUUUUCAGCUGCUAACGGCUGGUUCCAGUACACUAUUCCAUCAACGAGUAGUGUAGACAUUGCAUUCAAUGAUGGUCACCGUGCUUGGGAUAGUAAUUCAACCACAUUUUACAAUCGACAGUCGCCAGGUACGUACGCAUUCGUGAAUCAGAACACGGCAAAGCCUCCAGUCCAGCGGUACGUUAAUGGACAGGGUUACUCUGUAAUGUCGGCCACUGAAGUCUCAGGUAUCCUUACCAUUCGCCUAGCGCUUAAUAACGGCUCGACGUCGACUCCUUACGGCACUGACUUGUCGGCACUUGUUGUGACGGUGAUGAAGACAGAGAGUGACAGUGUACGUGUAAAGAUCUUGGAUGGGAAUACAAAACGCUGGGAAGUACCCACCAGCUUAUUCCCUGCUGGUACGCUCGGACUGAAUAACACAGCAGCACCACCCGCAGCAAAUCCGUCGUAUACAUUUAUCUACACGCAGAACCCAUUUACGUUCAAGGUUGUGCGUAAAUCUGACGGCUACAUGCUCUUUGACUCAUCUGUCAUUCCGCUCGUGGUAAAGGAUCAAUAUCUGCAAGUAGCAACAGCGCUUGGCAGUGAUCUCAGUGUUUACGGUAUUGGAGAGAGUACCCGCGACAACUUCAAGAUGGCGACGGGUGAUAAGCAAACGCUGUGGGGGCGUGACCAACCCUCUUCGAAAGUUGACGUCAAUACUUAUGGAUCUCAUCCCUUCUUUCUCGGCAUUAAUAGUGCUGGUCAAGCACAUGGUGUGUUGCUGCUUAACAGUAAUGGUAUGGAUGUGACGAUGGACAGUGGACGCCUCGUGUACCAGACAAUUGGUGGUGUGCUUGACUUUACCAUCAUGGUUGGUCCAACCCCAACAAAUGUAAUGUCACAGUACACGAAGCUCAUAGGACGUCCAAAACUUAUGCCAUACUGGUCGUACGGAUUUCACCAGUGUCGAUGGGGAUAUGGCUCUGUUGACGAGCUUCGAAAAGUUGUGAACAAGUACAAAAGCAAUCUUUUGCCCCUGGAUGUCAUUUGGGCUGACAUUGAUUACAUGCACAAUUUCCACGACUUUACAGUUAAUCCAAUGAACUUCCAUCAAGCCAAGAUGGCAGCAUUCAUGGAUGAGAUUCAUGCAAGUGGACGGAAAUUCGUGCCAAUCAUUGAUCCAGGUAUUCCAGACGAUACGAACGACUUUGCGUAUUCAAAAGGACUUUCCAUGGACAUUUUUAUUAAGGAUACAAGUGGCAAGCCAUAUUUAGGCCAAGUGUGGCCAGGUCCUACCGUCUUUCCGGACUUCUUCCACCCAAAGGCAAAGUCCUACUGGGGCGAACAACUUCGGCUUAUGUACGACAAUUUUGACUUUGAUGGUCUUUGGAUCGACAUGAAUGAGUUAGCGAAUUUUUGUCCAGGAACCACUUGUGUUCGCCAGUCUGGUGUCACGUGUCCAAACACAGGAAGUAUCGAUGCCAUCACGACAUGCUGUUUAAGUUGUUCUGGCAAUGGUAAUAAAUAUGACAAUCCACCGUUUGCAAUCAACAAUUUUGACAGCAAUGACGAUAUCUUUAACAAAGGUAUUUCAGCUAGUGCGUUGCAUUACGGCAAUAUUCGCGAGUACGACGCACACAACUUGUAUGGUAUCGCUGAGUCCAUUGUGACAAAUGCAAUUCAGGAAGAAUUAGCGAACAAAAGGUCGUUUGUACUUUCUCGAUCAACAUUUCCUGGAAGCGGUGUUCACGUUGCACACUGGACUGGUGACAAUGCAGCGACAUGGAACGACUUGCGCUGGUCGAUCCCUGCAAUUCUUAAGUUCGGGUUGUUUGGCAUUCCGAUGGUUGGCGCCGAUAUUUGCGGUUUCCUGGAAGCAUCCAACAUGGAAUUAUGUGCACGUUGGACAGCCUUAGGCUCGUUUUAUCCGUUUGCUCGUAAUCACAACAACCUCGGAGCUCCGUCUCAAGAGACUUACAUGUGGCCUGAGGUGACUAAAGUAGGCCAAAAGUUCAUUGGUAUGCGUUACCGUCUGCUACCGUAUUUGUAUACGCUCGGAUUUCACGCGCACAUUCAGGGUCUUCCUAUCGCUCGCCCACUUUUCAUGGAAUUCCCAAAAGAUAUAGCCACCCAUAGUAUCAAUUAUCAAUUUAUGUUGGGAAAUGCAUUGCUAGUCACGCCGGUUGUGAAUCAGGGUGCGAAAUCGGUUAAGGGGUAUUACCCUGCUGGCGUCUGGUACAAUAUUCUCGACUAUUCCAAGGUCUUCAGCUCGGGUGAAUCUUUUAAGACGGCAGUGACGCUGUAUGAUAUGCCGGUGCAUAUUCGUGGCGGAACAAUUCUAGCUAUGCAUCAGCCAGCUCUCACAAGCACGGCAACCCGCCAAACACCCUUUGACAUCCUUGUCGCAUUACCAAAUAAUGGAAGUGCUACCGGAGAUCUCUAUCUCGACGAUGGUGAGACGAUCAGUAACCCGAACGCCACGAUUGUCAAAUUUAUUGCAACUGCCGGUUCGUUCAAAUCCAAGGUCAUAAAAAACGACUACACUAGUGCACAUUCCAGCUUGAUAAACAAAGUGAUUAUACUCGGUGUGAAUGAACCACCCUCGAGUGUAUCUUUCGGUGAUAUAUCUGCGUAUGAUGCCACCACGGAAUGUCUCGAAAUUAGUUUAUCAGUCGUCGAUCAGAGUAUCGACUCGAGCUUCACAAUCACGUGGAAAUAA